AUGCUGAAGUGGACUGCAUCGGCGCAGCGACUCCAUGAGUUGCCAUCGAUGGUGGGGAGAGCCUCGCAAACAGCGCAGCUGCGACAGCGUCCGCUGCUGCGGCGCCAACGUCGCGCCACCAUCGCCAACAAAGAGAAUAUACCAGUGAUGGGUUACACCACCUCCACGCCCAUGCUGCGCAACAGUCCGCUUGUGCUGGCACCGCUCACAGAUAUACGAAAUGUGACGCCCGAAGCGACUCCAACGGCAUCCACCACACCGCGUCGCCUCAGCGUGCAUCAUGUCCAGUACGCCAGCACCUUGCCGAGGUAUGCGGAAGAGGAAUAUUCGCCGAGUACUGCAUCAGCUAGUCUACUACCCACUGGUCAGCAUUUGGCGCUACGAGGGCUGCUCGGACCACUCGAUCCGUUUGUUGAGCAGCCGCGCUACAUUGCCGCUUCAAAGCCGUUGAAAAAACGCAAGCUGGAACCGGAUUUUGUUGCCGUAAUGGAAGAGCAGCAGCCGUUGGAGAAGCAGCCAAUAGAGCAGCGAGAACAGUCAAAGCCACAGUCACAGCCACAGUUACAGUUACAGGCCGUGCGUCCAACGACACCUCAGCAUUCCUUGAGCAUGGGUGAUCAGACGCUAGAUAAGCUCAUCGAUGCUAUAUUGGAUUCGGCGCGCAAGGCGGAUGCGAGCAGCAAAAAGAAGGCCCGUAAAUCCUUCAAUCUACGGCGACGCACACUAGUCAAGCAGCAGCUUCAGACCACCUGCCAGACCGUGCUCUCGCCCUCGUACGCGCCCGGCGAUGAUCCGGCAAGUGAUUUAAGUUUUACGCUCCUACCUCCCAUGCCAUUGCCUGCGACGCCGACGCCCUCAUCUCCAAUGCAGCUCAGGCGCAGCCUGCUCCUGCAAAUGCCAACGCCUCAAGCAUCUGCAGAGCCACAGCAGAGUGCAGCAACACCCAUCCUUGCUGGGCACUCCGACAUACCAGAUAAUACCUUCACUCUCGAGACACCGGUGCGACCCCUUAAACGACGUCGAGAGAACGCCAAAAAGCGACAAACUGCUCCCUCAGUCUCCACCACGACCAGGUCCAGUGAGUCGCCAUUGAAGCGCUACAAAAUGCAAACUCGCAGCUAUUUUGAAGUGGGCUUGGCACUGCCCUCCAUCUACGUCUAG